CGGACGUGUUUACUGUGCUUCGGCAGUUUUGUGUGAUUUCUUCUUGCCAAGUCAACGGAAUUUGGAUUAUUAUACACUGUUUUGCUGGAAACUGUGCACUGAAUUUACUGAAACAAGAAUUUUGGACAAAUUUACAACUGUUUUUACAAAAACUGUGACAAACGUUUUCACUUGUCCAACAUGUACCGUGAGUCUGACUAAAGUGGUUUUUCCGUAGGGUUUGGGCCACGUUUUUCUUACAUUUUAUAUCCAUCUUACGUAGUUUUUUAUGCUCUUUCUUUUAAGUCAUCUUACGCUCAUGAAUUUCGUGGGAUUAGCCUACAUUUGCUUUUUAUAUGUCAUAUUCCGGCUGAGCCUCCUACUGCAAUGUCUUUUUAUAAGGAUUUUCUCUAAGGGUAUUUUAUACCUUCAACAUGCGUACAUACAAUUAUUUUGCUAUUAUUAUAUACUAUAUACAUUACUUGUGCUUUUUACAAAGUCUUUUUUAUGUAUGUUGGUUUGUAUUCCUAGUAAACUCCAAACUUUUAGCUUCCUCCUGAUGAGCCUCCUGUUGAUGAACCGACGUUUGAUAUUGAUCGCCCCCAAUAGCUUCUCGUCAGUUUAGGCUAAGUUUUGAUCAACACUCUACAAAGAUUUUGCCGGCCUAUCUGACCUAUAGGGUUAU